CGCCAUGCCGCCCAGGCGCCGGCAGCACCGCGCACACGGCGCAAGGAGGAGUGGGCCAGUGGGCUGCCCAGCGAGGCGCAUCCACACGAGGCGGGCACGCGGGACCUGGAGGAAGACGAGGACGAGUACGAGCAGCAGACGCCCGCCGGCUCGCACUCGCGUCUGCCGUCUGGCGCAGACGAGCGGGCGCCCAGGCGCGACAGCGCCGGCUCCUUUGGCGAGGCCGGCGACAGCUCCUUCACCCGUCGGCCCUCUAGGGCAUCACAGAGCGAAGACGCGCUCGGGCUCGACGUGAGCCAGGAGAGUGGCAUGGUGCGCUCUGCCUCUGCCUUCUCGACGGGCUUCGUCUCCUCGCCGGGCUCCUCCAUCGGCGAGCCCGAGGAGAUGGUCGAGGAAGACUUCACCGAUGGCAGUGCCGGCGGCAUGAGCUUCUCCAGCGACGGCGAGUACCAUCUGCCGACGACGCCGGCGUCGGCGCACGGCAAUGCGUCAGGCUUUCCCGGCACGCUGCCACAAUGGCGCCCGCGCGAGCUGCAGCUCGUGCGCAGCGGCUCGGAGGAGGCAGCGCGCGUGCCCGCGGCACACCGCUUCCCGCUGAGCAUCUCGCCGUCUCCAAGCUACUCGGCCAGCGCACCGCAGCACGCCGCGCGGCGCUCGCCUGCCAAACGUCCGCCGCACAUGCGCGCCACGAGCACGACAAGCAGCGGCAGCGGCAGCAGCUCUGCCGCAGCCGCAAGCAGCGCCACGGGCCCGCGCGACCUGCUGCUGGCGUCCGCUGCCGUGCCCGCCGGAGCCAUUCGCAGCCUCACAUCGCCGUCGUUGAGCGUGACUGUGCCGCUGAAGAGCGCCACGCGCUCCGUGUCGCCCGUCAGCGGCGGCUCUGCGUCUUCUGUGCCGCGCAGCCCGCUGCCUGUGCUGUCGACCGGCCCUGCCUUCCCGCCAGGCCCGGAUGCCACGCUCGAGAGCAUGGCCGCCGAACGGCUGCCAAACGAGUCGCUCGCGACGCCCGCGCGCCGCGCGGGCGGCAGCGGACGCAUCUCGCCCAUGCUCACGCCUGGCAGCGCGUCGGGCGCGAGCCUCAGCGUCAGUCCCGUCGUCUCGGCGCCUUCGUGGGAGAUGCCGACGCGCGCGUAUUCGCCCCUGGGCACGGCCUCUGCGAACUCCUCGCCAUUGCGUCCGCUCGUGCCUCUUCCGAGCAGUUCGAGCGCCGCAACUUCGCCGUCUAGCUCGCCGCAGGACGAGCGCGUGCCUCUCCCGCCGACGCGCGCGCGUGCACAUUCCUUCGUGCGCUCCUCUGCAUCCACGUCGCGUAGGAAGCCGCCGGCGCCGCUCGAUCUGGCGGGCCUCAGCGCGAACCCCGGCGCUGAGCCUCGCAGCGGCGUCGUGAUCAACGAGCCGACGCCUGAUGCAUACGCGCCCGGCGCGUCGCCUUCUUUCGACGAUGCUGCGUUCCACGCGCUGGAGGGCGAGAAGCUGCUGCUGGAUCCCCAGACUGCGGUGUGGCCCGCUGGCGCCUCGACUCCACAAGCACAGGCCUCGCCGCGCAUGCCGGGCAACCUGUCCGUGCCCGAGCCCGAGGCCGAGAUGCCCAUGACGGCCGCCACAGCUUUCUUCGACUUCGACAGCGCUGACACGUACGUGGCCGACAUGUCCGUCGACGAGGGCACGCGCAGCAGUCGCAGUGCCGAUGCAGACGAGCCAGCCCCGCACAGCGCCGGCUCUGUGCGCCUGGACCUGCCGCGCCUAUCGCUGGCCUCGUCACAUGCUUCGUCGGGCGGCCGCACUGUAGAGGCACCCUUCGAGUUCGACUACACGUCCGAGGCGGCCGCCGGCGCUGAGGCAAGCUCGCGCAGUGGGUCGCGCAGCGGCUCGCACACGUCCGACGUGCUUGCUCCGAUGCCCGCAUCGCCACGCGCCCAGCCGGUCGCCAGCGCAUUUGAGUCGCCCGAGUCGAGCUACUCCACGGACUCGCCGCGGCAGUCGCAAGUGACGCCCAGCAGCUCGCGGAUCUCAUUCCGCACGUCGAUGUUCCAGGUCUCGGUCGACUCGCCGCGGGGCGAGUCAUUUGGGCCGCGAGGCACGCCCGAUCUCGGUGCGGCUCCGUUCCCAGACGAAGGCGUGCAGUCCGGCGACCGUCCCAGCACUGCCUCGUCGGCCUCACCGCGUCAGAGCAUCGAGCCCGUCGGCCUGCAGCCAGCGCAUGCUCUCCGACCUGGGUCACUCGGCCAGCACGCGCGCCGCCCUCAGGCAAUGCACGAGGAGCAGACUCCUGGCAGCAGCUCUUCCUCUCCAGCCAGGAGCGUGGUGGCGCCGCCGCCACGGCCGACUGGGCAUGCAUCGCAGUCUGAGCCGCUGCCGACCGGCGAGUGGCGACCCACGCCGCUCAGCGUGCCGACGCGGGCGUCCAUUUCAUCGGGCAACACGUCGCCCGUCGGCGGCGUAUCGGCUGCACCGGCCGCAGGGCCCCCGUCCUCGCGCCCGAACCUCUCCAUCCGCACGAUGGACACACAGAACCGUCCGCUGCCGCCGCUUCCGCGAUCGAAGCCGUCGAUUGUGCCCGAUACGCCGUCCUUUGGCUUCAUGCCCUUCUCUCCAGCGCCACCCACCGCCGACGCUGCAUACAUGUCGCCUCCGGCUGUCGGCAGCUCGCACACGCCACAGAGUGGCACGUUCAGCGUUGACUCGGCCUACUCGGACCAGUACGCGCCCUUUGAGCAGGUCAUGUCGAGCCGCUGGAGCUCGGGCUCCGAGUCGGACGACGAGCCGAGCGGCGGCAAGAGCAGCCGCAAGAACUCCAAGGCCAAGAAGACGGCCUCGGCCAACAGCAGCAAGCGUCCGUCUGCGAGCGGCAGCAUGGGCCCGCCCGCCGCGCCGCUGCGCAAGGGCUCAGCCUUCUUGCAGGGCCUGGGCCUGCGCAAGAAGAGCUUCUCCAACGCUGCCGCGCCCUCGCCGUCGCAGCGCUCGGCCUCGCCGCACACGCCCGGCAUCGCCUCGCCUGCCAUGCUCGACACUGCCGCCGAGUUCCCGUUCCCUCCGGCUAGCCAGUUCACGCCCGGCUCGCCAUCGGUCGCGACGCGCCUGAGCCGCUCACCUCAUGUCACAGACAGCGCGCCACGCAGUCGUGCCGGCUCCGUCGCGUCUCGCUACUCGCAGAGUACCGGCAACAGCGGGCCGUCGAUGAGUCAUCGCCCUUCGCUGGCCAGUCUGCGCAUGUCGAGCAUGGACCAGAGCCGCCGGCCGUCGCUCACCGGCGAUGGCGCGGAGAGCGUGCCGGCCUCGCCCAGUCUGCCGAGUGGCUUCGCGUUCCCCACUCGCAGUCGCAAUGUCUCCGCCGCGGGCAGUCUCGACGCAGAGCUGGCAGGCCUGGGCAUCGCGCUGCCGGCCGGAGCGCCCUACGCCGAUCGCAAUCGUCCGACGCACGCCAGCCGUCUGUCCAACAGCCUGCGCUCCGCACGAGCGUCGCUGAACAACCUGCGCGCGUCCAAGGACCUCGCGGCCGUCGAGGCCUCGGCCAAUGCUCUCGCCGCUGCGCUGGCGAAGCGCAACAGCCAGGGCGGGCGGCAACGCUCAGCCACGAUCAGCGCUGCGGAUCUCGCACAGAGCCGCGCCUCCAUCGCGGCUGCGACGCAAGGCGUGCUGCUGCCCGACGUCACGACUUCGCCGCCGCGCGGCGAGGCCCGACGCCGCAGCAAGAGCCAGUUCGACGAGUUCGACACGACGCCGCGCGUGGCGUACGCCUCGCUGCCCGGCUCGGGCCGCAGCAGCAUUGCCAGUCCCACGCAGGCACGUUCGAAUCUUUCGCGCUACGUGCACGACGAUGAGGCACUCACGCGCCUUGGCUCGCAUCUCGUGAGCACGGCGUCAUGGGCCGACUUCUCGCCCGAGUCGGUGCCCAGCACGCCGCCCGUGCCCGCGCGCGGAUCUUCCACUCGCGCGUUCAGCGGUCGCCGCUCCGACGCGGGUCUGGAGCGCCAGCCGUCGCCGCUCGUGGAGAGCGUCUCGGCAACUGCGGAGAAGCAGCCAGCACCGCGGAGGCGCCGCAUUAUCUACUGCGAGGGCGCGCAGAUUCGUCCGCACUACCCGUCGCUCAGCGACUUCGGUCGUGCGUGGUGCCAGGAGCACCCUGGAUCCGCGCUCGAGGCGGCGCGAGGACCGGCGCUCAUGGCUGCUGCCCUCGCGGCGCGCGGCUACGCAGGCGCCGGGGAGGGAGGCAAUUCCGGCGCCAGCACACCCUCGGACGCGUCGACUGACUACUACGGGUCAAGCGACGGCGGCGGUGGCGCUGAUGGCGAUGCCUCUGACCCCGGCGAGCCGUCGGGCUCCGGCGGGGCAGGCGACGAGGAUGAUCCGGAGGACCGCAAGGGCAACGGCGCCUGGCCGAGCCGAGCCGCACGCGACGCGCUGCUGGCAUCUGACGAGGAAGAAAUAUCUUCAGAUGACGACGAGGACAUCUAUGGCGUUGACCGUGCCAAGGGCAGCUCGUCGGCCCUCUAUGCGACGGCCAACGCCAGCUCGAUGCCGCCGACCAGCGAUGCCAUCGAUCCCUCUGGCUCGUCCAGCCGUAGCGCCGAGUCGGAUGACGUGCCGCUGGGCGAGCGCGUGCAAAAUGCCGAGGCCCUGCAGUCUCGUCUGCGCGCGGCUGAGCGUCGGGAGCAGAUCGCUUCUACUGCCCGUGCGCUCGAGCGCGGUGGCCGACAUUCCAAGAGCGACCGCCUGCGGAAGCCUCGCGGCUUUGCGCCGGAGAAGGCACCCGACUCGUCGCCGCUCGACAUCAAUGAUCUCAUGGGCCGUCUGCAGAAGGUGCAAGUCCAGCAAGCUGCUGGCCUGCCGACGCGCGGACCGCAGCAAGUUGCGCCGAGUGGCGGCGAUGUGCUCUCGUCUGCGAACCCGGCCCGCGUGCCACAGGGGCGAGCGCGCUCGAACACGACGACGGGGCGCGACCAACGUCUCGCCUCGGCGCCGGUGCCGACAGCGCCUGUGCUCCCGGCGGCAGUGCAGCAGCAGCAGAUCCUGCUCCACCAGCAGCAGCAGAUUGCGCAGCAGCAGGCGCAGAUUGCGCAGCAGGCACAGCUUCUGCAGUCGAUGAAGCAGCAGACGUCCGAGUCGGCGCCCAACUCGCGCACCGUCAGCCGGCAGCACACGCUUGCUGCGGCCUCGCGCGCGGCAGCUGGUGUGCGCCCUCGGCCUUCGUUCAACGAGCAGGUCCCUCAGCGUCUGCCUCCAAACGCGAUCCCGGCCGAUGCUCGCAGUGCGGCGGCCCACAAGGCGCCCACGGCUGCGCUCAUGUUCCCGUCGUCGAGCUCUUCGGGCGCGUCCAGCCCUGCGAUGGCCGGCACGCCGCAGCUUGGCAUCUCCAGCACCAUGGCCGGAGUGGUCAGCCAGGCGCAGAUGACGCACCGCGCCGCCGAGCAUCUGCGUGGCGGCGGUAGCCACUCGGCCUCGCCGGCACUGGGCACUGUCCCUCUGCGCAUGUUCUCUGGCUCUGCGGAGCCGUCCGCGGACGGACACGCGGCGCCCGAGGAGCAGCCGCAGGUGCGCCUGCGCUCCCGCAGCAUUUCGAGAGCUCGACCCAAUGUCGUUGUCGAUGCGCGCGUGGCGCCGCCGCUGCCGGUGCCUGUGCCGCGCCAGCAGCCAAACUCCGGCACCUCGUCGGCGUCGCACUUCUCGCCCGCCUCGGGCGGUGCGCCGGGCACGCAGACGCUCGCUGCUGCGACAGGCGAGGCCUCUCCGCGCUCGCCACUGGCGGGCCUGCCGGUCGUCGCAGCGCCGACCGGACCGCCGAUCCAGCUCAUGCAGCACCGCGUGUACAUUGCCACGAAGCAGCGCUACGGCACGGCGCAGGUGCCGCUCGACGCGCGGGCGCGCGACCUCGUGAUGGACAUCACCGAGAAGGAGUACGUGCCCGUCGACGUGUCGCAGGGCGGCGGCGGCGGCUGGGUCAUCUUCGACUGCUGUCCGCAGUGGGGCAUCGAGCGCCCGCUGCGCGAGUACGAGAUGAUCACGGACGUCAUCGACGCGCGCCCGACGCCCGACGACUACUUCCUGCUGAAGCGCACCGAGCUCGCGCCGUACCUGAGCUUCCGCGCGAUCCCGACGAGCUCGCCGCUGCUGGCCGGCUACGUAUACGUGCAGGACCACAAGCGCAAGUGGAGCAAGCGCUGGCUCGAGCUGCGCGACCACUCGCUGUACCAUGCCAAGUCGGACAAGGGCAAGGACGAGGUCUUCGUGUGCAACCUGUCGGCCUUCGACAUCUACCUCGUCGACACGGCCAAGAUCCGCACGCCCAAGCCGCACGCCUUUGCCGUGCGCAGCCAGGACAAGAUCACGCAGUUCGAGAAGCCCGAGAACGACUACGUGCACUACUUCUGCCUCGGCGACCCGGCGGCGCACCGCGACUGGGUGCGCGCCAUCAUGAAUGCGCACACCUAUGUGCUCAAGCAGGAACGAGCCGCGCUUUUCGUCCCGCCCGUGCGGCCCAUGGUGCCUCCGCCUGUGCCCGCCGAGCCAGAGGCCGGCACCAACGGCGCCUCUAUUGCCACAGCCGGAGGCCUGUCACGGCGAGGCACACAACGCCGGCCGGGCCGCGCGCCCGACGCCAGCAGCAGCAGCGACAUGAGUGCUGCCGUCGCCGCCGCCGCCACGCCCUCUGCGCCCGGCGGCGGCCUCAUCGGACGCGACGCCUUUGCCGGGCCGUUUGAGAAGGGCAGCCUGCUCGCCAACGCCGCGCUCAACGCGGCGCCCGAGGGCCUCGACCUGAGCCUGCACGAGCGCACCCGCUCGCGCCAGGCCGAGGCCGCCCGGCGCGCCGAGCUGGCGGAGCGCAUGCGCCGAGCGCGCGCCGCCGGGCAGCCGCUCGUCGAUGUGGCGGCGCGGCCGUUCUGAGGGGUGCAGACCCUCGUCCAUGUCAUGCUGUGCUAUGCGCUCUCGGCCUCUCUCUGUCUCUCCUCUGUAUUGCUAGCCACCCAUGCCCGACAUGACCCGCGCGCCGGCGCUCCUGCCGCAGCCGCGCCUGGAAAUGCGAU